AGUACAAAUCUCUUUUAUCUGCUCAUAUUGUGCCUCUCUGUUUAAUUAGUGGGCAUUACCUAACCUGCUCAUUAGGUCUUCCCUUCAACUCUCAGUAUCGCAGAUGAAGACGUGAGUCUCCUUUUCAUAAAACAUGGCAACACCUUUCUGCUGACGCAGACAAGACCCAGAAAUAAACCAAAAUGCUCACAUGUAGACACUCACACACACACGUACAAAACGCAUACACACAUGCACUCUAUGCUGUAGGGGGUGGUGCGGUAAGUCCAACGUCCUCCUCUUCUCAGCAUAAGUCACUAUCUAACAAGCCUGUGAUGAUUCUAAACCCUUGUCAUCCACUCAUCUGACAGGCAGAUCAUGUAAUCUUCUUAACAAGUCCAUGAUGUUCAGUGUAGUUUAAUUUAUGGGAAUUAAAUCAGAAUGCAAAAUGCACUACCCCUUAGUCUGAAAUGAGCAGAGUCCUUGGAAAAAAGGGCAGCUGAAUUCUUUUUACAAAAUAAUUUUUUAAUGGGAGAUGGAAAUGGACUUAAUCCUGAUUUAGAGUGUGGAUAUCCAUCAUGGCUAUGAAGACUUUGCUGCUAUUAGUUCUGCCAUGGUUAAGUCCAGCAAACUACAUCGACAACUUGGGCAACCUUCACAUCCUGUACUCAGAACUGUGCAAAGGCGCUACCCAUUAUGGCCUUUCUGGAGACAAGAAGAGAUGGUUCCAGGAUGACAACAAUACAGACUGCACUUCUAACAUGACGGUAGCCACUGUUCCUUCAGAGAUUUCGUCAUCUGCUGCUGUAACUGUACUGACAGAGGAUCUCGGCUUGGUGAAUCCUGCAUUUACCUCCAGCACAGAAGACAGUCACUCUGAAACCAGCUCUGAAAAUCCCAGCAGAAGUAACAGCAAAAAGUUUCGUCAUUUUGAACGCAACUCAACCAGAAGCAGAUCUUUUAAAAAGCUUAACAGAGCCCUCAGCGUUCUGCGCAGAACCAAGAGUGGACUUGAAAUGACAAACCUUGCAGAUGAGAACAGAGACAUCACCCAAGCAACUGCUACUUUUUAUGAGCAAGCUCUACCCAGGUACCACCUAAUUCCAGAUGGGGAGAUCACCAGUAUAAAGAUCAACCGCUUUAGUGCCAGUGAAAAGCUUGGCAUUUCUGUUGUUGGUGGUAAUGAAUCUCCAUUAGUCCAUAUUAUCAUUCAGGAUAUUUAUCGUGACAGUGCAAUUGCAAGAGAUGGUCGCUUACUGGCAGGGGAUAUUAUACUGAAGGUAAAUGGAAUUGAUAUCUCCAAUGUACCUCACAGCUAUGCACUUUCAACUCUAAAACAGCCCUGCCAGGUUAUCAAACUCACAGUACUCCGAGAGCAGAAAUACAGAUGCAGGAGCAUAGCAUACCCACUGGAACACCACCACAUGAGGGAUGACAGCUUCCAUAUAAUUAUCACCAAGAGCUACCAGGAUGAGCAACUUGGAAUAAAACUAGUCCGCAAUCCAGAUGAAAAUGGGGUAUUUGUUUUUAACCUUCUGGAAGGAGGAUUAGCUGCCCGUGAUGGACAAUUUCGAUUAAAUGAUCGUGUCUUGGCAAUUAAUGGGCAUGAUCUACGGCAUGGUAGUCCAGAAGCUGCAGCUCAGUUGAUUCAGGCCAGUGAGGAAAGGGUGCACUUUGUUGUGUCACGACAGACCAGACAACAGACCCCUGAUAUCCUGCAGGAAGGUAAUGCGAGCAACGGUAACAACUCUCUGCCAUGUCCUGAUGGAAGAAAUAGCCCUAACAAGAACUUCCUUCACGCUGUGACCUGCCAUGAGAAGAUAGUGACUGUGCAUAAGGAGCCCUAUGAGUCCCUAGGAAUGAUCGUUGCAGGAGGUGUAGCCUGUAGAGACUGGGACCUGCCCAUUUAUGUCACUUGUGUGGAGCCAGAUGGGGUUUUAGGGAGAGACGGAAGAAUAAAAAGAGGUGACAUUCUGCUAAAUGUUAAUGGCCUGGAACUGACUGGUAUCACACGAAGUGAAGCUGUUGCCAUACUGAAAAACAUCUCUUCACCUGUGGCUCUGAAAGCCCUCGAACUGAGAGGAUGUGAGACAAGUGAAGUCAACAAUCUCUCUUCGCCUUCUGAUCCUAAUCACAACUUCCAGGAAAAUGACGAGUGGUCAUUACCUUGGGUCACAUGGCUAGGACUGCCCCGGUAUUUGUACAGUUGCAGAGACAUCGUGUUACGGAAGAGCACAGGAAGCCUUGGAUUCUGUGUUAUAGGUGGUUUUGAAGAAAGCCAUGGCAAUCAACCAUUUUUCAUUAAGUUUGUAGUAGAAGGGACACCAGCAUACAAUGAUGGACGAAUAAGAUGUGGAGACAUGCUUCUAGCAGUCAACAACAAAACGACAUCUGGAAUAACUCAUGCAUCUUUAGUCAAAAUGCUAAAAGAAUUAAGAGGAAAGGUGAUGUUAACUAUUCUGUCCUGGCCUGGAUCUUUUCUAUAGAGUUCACAUCUACCCAAAGGAAUAGUCAUGGUUGCACUCAAUAAUGGAUAUGAUCAUUUUACACAACUGGAAACUGUUCACACACCCAGACAAGUAUUCAUCAGUGUUAAUUUAAAGUGUCUGAGAAAUUCUACGCAAGAACCUGACUCACUCUGCACCUCUGGGUUGGAAUGGGGGCAAGGGAGGAAGCAUUUGGGGAGACCACUAAAACGAUCUAUUCCAGUCUCUGUACUUUUUGACAUGUUUAAAUAUAUCUCUAUGGAAAAGAAAAAGGUACUUUGGCCAUCGUGAAAAUGUGCAUUGCAGUAUUCAGCUAAUUCCUCUGCACAGAUUUUAACCUGAGCUUAACAACAUAUGCACCAAAAGGUUGAUAAAGAGUUUAGUGAAAAAGCUGGCCACAUUAUAUCAAGAUACUGGCACAAGAAAAUCAUUUAAAAAAAAAAAAGUUGAAUGCUACAAACACUGAAGUCUUUGAUAACAGAAAUUAUCAUUAUAUGGAAAUUACUGAGAAUAACCUUUGCUGAAAAAAUACCUGAUGCUGCUGGCUCAAAGGACUAAGAAUGAACAUAUGGUAUUGCACCUGUUUAUAAAACCGUGGCUGUCCAUGUCUCUAACAGGAACGGGAAGAUCUAAUAGCAAACUUUAAAGCUUUUUCAUUGUCUGCCUUGAGUUGGAGAAACAUUUAUGUAUAAAUAUAGCUGAUCUUUAGAAGGAGCAUGCAACUUUUAGGAGCCAUUUGCUCUUGCUG